CCCCGUCCUGGACAGAACCUACCACGAGCGGCGGCAGCUGGGGCGGGAAAGUGGACGCUGGGGGCGCUGCGGCGUCACGGUCCACCUGAUCGGUUGCACCCGUGGGGGAGGAGGUGGAUUUCAGGCUUCCCGUAGACUGGAAGAAUCGGCUCAAAACAGCUUGCCUCGCAGGGACUGGGCUGGAGGCAGCGAGGCCGCCCAACGCAGGCUUCCGGCGAGACAUGGCAGGGCAAGGAUGGCAGCCCGGGAACAGGGCCCUGCCGGGAGCGCGAGCCCGCGGCCGCAGUUCCCAGGCGUCUGCGGGCGCGAGCCCGCCGUGACCCUGCCGUGCGCCGGGGCGGGGGGCGGGGCCUCGCCUGCACAAAUAGGAACGAGAGGGCGGGGCGGCCACAAUUUCGCGCCAAUCUUGACCGCGCGUUCUGUUUUAACUAGCGGGCUCGGAGGUGCUCCAGCUGCUGUCAUGGUUAGUUCGCUAAACUGCAUCGUCGCUGUGUCCCAGAACAUGGGCAUCGGCAAGAACGGGGACCUGCCCUGGCCGCCGCUCAGGAGGCAAAGUUGCUGAUUUCUGCCCGGAUCCUGCUGCCAGGUGAGGUCUUUGCCCUGCGGCGCCCUUUCCCAGGGCAAAGUCCCAGCCCUGGAGAAAACACCUCACCCCUGCCCGCAGCGCUCCGUUUGUCAGGUGCCUUAGAGCUGGAGCUCAAGGGAUAAUUGUCAUGCGUGUCCAUGUGAAGAGACCACCAAACAGGCUUUGUGAAUGAAUUCAGAUAUUUCCAGAGAAUGACCACAACCUCUUCAGUAGAAGGUAAACAGAAUCUGGUGAUUAUGGGUAAGAAGACUUGGUUCUCCAUUCCUGAGAAGAAUCGACCUUUAAAGGGUAGAAUUAAUUUAGUUCUCAGCAGAGAACUCAAGGAACCUCCACAAGGAGCUCAUUUUCUUGCCAGAAGUCUGGAUGAUGCCUUAAAACUUACUGAACAACCAGAAUUAGCAAAUAAAGUAGACAUGAUUUGGAUAGUUGGUGGCAGUUCUGUUUAUAAGGAAGCCAUGAAUCACCCAGGCCAUCUUAAACUAUUUGUGACAAGGAUCAUGCAAGACUUUGAAAGUGACACCUUUCUUCCAGAAAUUGAUUUGGAGAAAUAUAAACUUCUACCAGAAUACCCAGGUGUUCUCUCUGAUGUCCAAGAGGAGAAAGGCAUUAAGUACAAAUUUGAAGUAUAUGAGAAGAAUGAUUAAUAUGAAGGUGUUUUCUGGUUUAAGUUGUUCCCCCUCCCUCUAAAAAAAGUAUGGAUUUUUACAUUAGAAAAAAAGUAUUUUGUUGACUUUAGAUCUAUAAUUAUUUCUAAGCCACUUGUUUUUAUUCCCCACUACUCUUGACUCUAUCAGAUACCAUUUACGAAACAUUCUUGCUAUAAAUAAGUGCUUCUCCAAGACCCCAACUGAGUCCCCAGCACCUGCUACAGUGAGCUGCCUUUCCACACCCAUCACAUGUGACACUCUUGCCAGUCCUUGACAUUGUCGGGCUUUUCAAAUGUUGGCAAUAUUUAUUAAAGGUGAAGAUCCACAUACCCUUCAA